CUGCGCGGGCGGAGCCGAGGUUGCGCGGGGCUCGUAGAGUAGACGUGCCGAAGCCGAACUGAGCCACGCCGGGCUAAUCCCAGCCCAGCCGAGCUGGCCAAAUUGCUCGGAUAGCAGGAAGAAGGAGAAGAUCUCACCAUAUCCAGGACACAAGCCAAACAACCACCUACUGAGACCUGGCCACGCACUAACAAAAAGUUGUUCUGACUUCUACGGUCGCCCCAGAUUUUGGCACAGGAGGCUGAUGGAAACUCUUCACUCCACACUGCUGGGCAGGAGAGGAGACACUCGAGCAAGGAGCUACGUCUUGGUUUCUCAAGUUUCCCUCUCUCCUUGAUGGUCUUGCCUUCUGUCUCCUUGAACAGAGAGACCAAAUUUUAAAGUCAACCCAGCCAGACAGGCAGUUAUCCUCAUUAUUUCAGCUGAGAAAGUCCUUUUGAUGUUGUCCACAACUGUGAUGAAAAAAGAAGCCCCUCCAUCAAGAGACUGAACUUGUCUAUCAGGAAAAUACCAUUUACAGGACUUGUCAUGUCUCCUUUUCUGCGUAUUGGUUUGUCCAACUAUGACAGUGGCCCUUACCUGCCAUCCCAGGGGGAGGUGAUUAACCCUUACUGCGCGGUGAUGGUUAAAGAAGCCGUGGAGUCAGAAAAUGGCCAAGUGUACGUACAGAAGAAGCCCACCAUGUACCCACCCUGGAACAGCACUUUCGAUGCCCAUAUCAACAACGGCAGGGUCAUGCACAUCGUUGUCAAGGACAAAAGCGCCGAAAUGGUUUCAGAGACCACGGUGGAACUCAAGGUGCUCGCGGAGAGGUGCAAAAAGAGCAAUGGGAAGACAGAGAUAUGGCUAGAACUGAAACCUCAAGGCCGAAUGCUGAUGAAUGCAAGAUACUUCCUGGAAAUAAGUGAUGCAAAGGACCUGGCUGACUGUGAGACUGAAGGCUUUUUUUCCUUGCACCAGCGCAGGGGAGCCAUCAAACAGGCCAAAAUCCAUAAUGUCAAGUGUCACGAGUUCACAGCCACCUUCUUUCCACAACCCACGUUCUGCUCCGUCUGCCAUGAGUUUGUAUGGGGUCUGAAUAAACAAGGCUAUCAAUGCAGACAAUGUAACGCUGCAAUUCAUAAGAAGUGCAUUGAUAAAGUAAUAGCCAAGUGUACGGGGUCAGCAAUCAAUAGCAGAGAAACAAUGUUCCAUAAAGAGCGCUUCAAGAUCGACAUGCCUCACCGCUUCAAAGUCUACAACUACAAGAGCCCAACUUUCUGUGAUCACUGCGGCACGCUCCUCUGGGGCCUUGCGCGGCAAGGACUGAAGUGUGACGCAUGUAGCAUGAAUGUCCAUCACAAGUGCCAGACAAAAGUAGCAAACCUUUGUGGAGUUAACCAGAAACUAAUGGCUGAAGCUCUGGCAAUGAUAGAGAGCACCCAGCAGGCUCGCUGUCAGCGCGACACUGAACAGAUCUCCAGGGAUGGACCUCUUGAAAUUGGCUUCCCAGUUCCUGUGAGGGAGAUAACACCACUUCAGGCAUUGCCAGCAUCUACAACAGGAAAAAAAGAGCCACAGGGCAUCUCCUGGGAGACUCCAGUGGAGGGUACAAUGAAGGGGGAGUCUCUAAUAGAGUCAGACUUUGGACAACAGCCCCAGGAGCAGGAAGAGCACCAUGUGCAUCUGAAACUAACCAUUGAAGAUUUUGUUCUGCACAAGAUGCUGGGGAAGGGCAGUUUUGGGAAGGUCUUCCUUGCAGAGCUGAAGAGUACAGACCAGUUUUUUGCUGUGAAAGCCCUGAAGAAGGAUGUGGUGCUGAUGGAUGAUGACGUUGAGUGUACAAUGGUGGAGAAGAGAGUCCUCUCCUUAGCUUGGGAGCACCCAUUCCUGACUCAUGUCUUCUGUACGUUCCAGACCAAGGAAAACCUCUUUUUUGUGAUGGAAUACCUCAAUGGAGGAGACCUCAUGUUCCAUAUCCAGAGCUGUCAUAAGUUCGACCUUCCUAGAGCAACGUUUUAUGCUGCUGAAAUCAUAUGCGGGCUCCAGUUCCUCCAUUCCAAGGGCAUAAUAUACAGAGACUUGAAGCUAGACAACGUCCUCUUGGACAAUGAGGGGCACAUCAAAAUUGCUGACUUUGGGAUGUGCAAGGAGAACAUGUUUGGAGAUGCGAAGACAAGCACUUUCUGUGGGACUCCUGACUAUAUUGCUCCUGAGAUAUUGCUGGGGCAGAAGUACAACACCUCCGUUGACUGGUGGUCCUUUGGUGUCCUCCUGUAUGAGAUGCUUAUUGGGCAGUCUCCUUUCCAUGGCCAAGAUGAAGAGGAGCUUUUCCAGUCUAUCCGUAUGGAUAACCCGUUCUACCCUCGCUGGCUUGACAAGGAUGCAAAGGACAUUUUGGUGAAGCUUUUUGUGAGAGAACCUGAGAGGAGACUGGGAGCAAGAGGAAACAUCCGCCAGCAUGCCUUUUUCCGGGAAAUAAACUGGGAGGCUUUAGAAGAAAGAAGGAUGGAACCUCCUUUCAAACCGAGAGUGAAAUCUCCGAGUGACUGUAGCAACUUUGACAAGGAAUUCCUAAAUGAAAAACCUAGACUGUCCUGUGCCGACAGAGCACUGAUUAACAGCAUGGACCAAAAUAUGUUCAGCAACUUUUCUUUCGUGAACCCUAAAAUGGAGAAAAUAUUUUCCUGAGGUCUGCCUUACUGAAGGAAUUCUCUGUAAUUGUUUGAGUAACACUUUGUCGACUGAAGACUGUGCAUGGUUGUUUUUAUCAAGAACCCUCCAGAAAAACACAUCAGUGAAGUUUGUACCAUACCUCUGGUUUCUCUGUAAGAAAAAAAAACAAGUGUAUUUGAGCUUCUGGUGAUGUCAGUGCCCAUUUCUGCAAUUAUCUACUAGGCCCUUCUUCUGAAGGACAAGUAGUUUGCUCAAGUCCUGAGGGCAUCUGGGAAGACUUCAGGCUGGAUGCCUUGGUAACCUCCACUUGUACGUAUGCAGAAAUGUGCAUGUGUGCUCAGGAGUUGUUUUUAAGAAGCAAUUUAACUCCCUACACACUUUAAAAAUAAUGUUCACAGGUGUUAGGAUUCGAUUUUGGAAUUGUGACAAAGAGACUUUGCAGGUGCCCAUUCCAGCAUUUGUACAUCUCAAUCAGAGGCCCCAGAACUAAGGACUCAACUCUGAAGGAGGAUCGUUGCCAUGGCAGAAAACCAGUGGUUUAUACUUCAUAUUUGAAGGAUGGGAAGCUGCAGACCAGCAGAAAGCCUCGAAAGCCCCUGUUCUAAAGCUUUAACCAUCCUCACACACACCAGGCUCAGAGCAAAAUCUGGGCUGAGCUUUCUGGAGUUUUAUCCUAAAACUGCAUGAGAAAGAUGGAAGAGGUAUCCUCCAGCCAUUGUUUAAGCACCAUAAAACUGGUCUUCCAGUCUCAGCAUUGGUAUAUUUUACUUGAAGGGUGUUAAACAGUCCUUGCAAAGGCCGAUAUACUUUAUAUCACUGUAAAUGAUGUUCCAGCUCUUUGGCAUGCAUGGUGGGCAUAGGUCAACAAGCAGCACCCAACAGUCACAGGGCAGGACAGCACAUCGGGUGAGGUCUCCUUCACCUUGUGACAUUUUGCUGUGUGUUCUAUCCCUUUGCAGCCUGUGGAAAUGUAGAUGGGUUGAAAAAAAAAGUCUUUUCUGCACUUCUUUCACCGUGGGAGCCUUUUAAAUAAAGAUGAACUGCUUUCUCAGGUUGGAGAGAUGUACAACCAUCCGGUUCCUGCUUGUCACUGAGACACCAGUUAAAUACUGGCUCAAAAUUAAGUCAAACCCCAAAUAGAGGAUUCUGGAAGAGCUUAGACUUAGGCAGUCACCCAAGUUGGUGGUUGUGCUCUAAUUGAAGUGUAUACAUUUGGAGCUUUGUUGCAUCAACCCCUCUAGUCCAUGGAGAGGAGAAGCUCCAGAAGAUGAGUCAUCCCAAAAUGAGAUUCCCUUCAGAGGUGCUUUUCUGGCUCUGCUGGAGCUGGUUGUCAACUUGGACCUUCCAAUAGGACGGAUGCAGCCGUGAAGGCAGUGCUGGGGUGUCGUUGGCCCUGGCUGCAGGCACCGAAUCCUGCAGGACCACGAUCAGAAGUGCCUAACUUCAGUUAGAAAAGCAGAGCAUCCUGAAAAAGGUUUCAGUCCAGUGACACACAUUGAAAACCUUGUUUGUGCUGCAUGAAAUGCAGGGGGCAUCUGUGCUCACAGUUUGUACAGCUGGUCAUCAUGUUUAAUUAGAACGGUUAGCAUGAAUUUUUUAAAUGCCAGUGCUGUUUGUACAGUUUAAUAAAAUGUUGUGUACAAUGGGAAA